AUGGUGUCACUAAUUUCACCCUUGCCAAUUUUUGUCCUUCUAUUAUCAACACUUUCCUUAAAAGUUUCGUCUUUAUUACUUCAAGAAAGUUUUGUCCAAUGUCUCAACAUGAAUUCAGACAGAACAUAUCCAUUUCACACAACCAUCUACACUCCAAAUCAACCUUCAUUCAAAACCAUCCUUGAUUCCUUAGCAAUGAACCUAAGGUGCUUGGCACCAUCAGUACCAAAACCCGAAUUCAUAUUCACACCCUCCCAAGAUUCCCAUGUCCAAGCAUCAGUGAUUUGUUCCAAGAAACUUGGAAUCCAUUUAAGAGUAAGAAGUGGUGGACAUGACUAUGAAGGACUCUCGUAUGUUUCCGAAAUCGAAACACCAUUCAUAGUUAUGGAUUUAAUCAAACUUCGCGAUAUAAACGUUGAUACCAAAACCAACACUGCUUGGGUUCAAUCUGGUGCCACGAUCGGCGAAGUCUAUUACAAAAUUUAUGAAAAAAGUUCGGUUCUUGGUUACCCUGCAGGCCUAUGCACAAGCUUAGGUGUUGGUGGACACAUAACAGGAGGUGCAUAUGGAACAUUGAUGAGAAAAUAUGGUCUUGGUGUUGAUAAUGUCUUAGAUGCUCUAAUCGUCGAUGCGAACGGGAAAAUUCUCGACAGAAAAGCCAUGGGAGAGGAGUUAUUUUGGGCUAUAAGAGGUGGUGGAGGUGGAAGUUUUGGUGUACUUCUUUGGUGGAAGAUAAAGCUUGUUCCUGUUCCACCAACAGUGACAGUUUUUACUGUCACUAAAAGUCUAGAACAAGGUGCUACAAAAAUUCUUCAUAGAUGGCAAGAAGUAGCACCUUUUGUUGAUGAAAAUCUCUUUGUAAGAGUCAUAAUUCAACCAGCUGCUAGUGCUACAAACAAAACUCAAAGAACAAUCACAACUUCUUACAAUGCUGUUUUUCUUGGUGAAGCAAGAACACUACUUCAAGUCAUGAAAACUAGUUUUCCUGAAUUGGGUUUAACAAGAAAAGAUUGUCAAGAAACUAGCUGGAUCAAAUCUGUUCUCUAUAUUGCUGGAUUCCCAAGUGAUACACCACCUGAAGUUCUUCUUAAAGGAAAACCAACCUUCAAGAAUUUCUUCAAAGCAAAAUCAGAUUUUGUGAGGGAACCAAUACCAGAAACUGGUAUUGAAGGAUUGUGGCAAAGGCUAUUGAUUGAAGAUAUACCUUUGAUGAUUUGGACUCCAUAUGGUGGAAAAAUGAGUGAAUUUUCAGAAUCUGAUAGUCCUUUUCCACAUAGAAAUGGAACAUUGUAUAAAAUUCAAUACUUGUCUAUAUGGCAAGAAGGUGAGAAGAAUGUUGCAAAGCAUGUUGAUUGGAUAAGGAAGCUUUAUAACUAUAUGACACCUUAUGUGUCCAAAUUUCCAAGAGAAGCUUAUGUGAAUUAUAGGGAUCUUGAUUUGGGAAUAAACUCUAAGAAUAGUACAAGUUACAUUGAAGCAAGUGGUUGGGGUUAUAGAUAUUUUAAGGGUAAUUUUGAUAAGUUGGUUAAGAUAAAGACUAGAGUGGAUCCUGAAAAUGUGUUUAGGCAUGAACAGAGUGUUCCGCCACUUCCUAUAUGA